CGGGCGACCGGACCGCGUGGAUUUCCGUGCUGCGGCGAGUUUUCAGGCAUUGUAUUGUAGAAUACAUACCAAAUUUAUACCGAGUUUGAUAGUGGUUGACUCAAAGAAUCUGUUAGAAAAGGUUACUUCCUGCAAUGUUGAGGAGUGGGCGACCGACCGUCCUGGACAAUCCUUUGGCUGCGAACAACAUUAAAAAUUCCAGAGGAAGGCUAAGCUAUGAGCCUGAGGAAUCCGAGGAACAGAGACACAGCAGGUGGAGAGACUCUGAUCACCAUCUCCGUCCUCAAGAGAGUGACGAGGAGAGACACCUCCGUGAGUAUGUCAGCUUUCGGCGAGUGAUUGAACAUCCCGACACUAAACGCGUUAGAGAAAGUGACCAAAUGUUCUCUAGAGAUAACAAAGAUAGAAAACGGAGUAAGGACAGACAAGGAAGCAAGCGUGACAAAGAGAGGAAGAAAGUACAUCCGGUCGACGAAGUGACAACUUCCCGUCGCUCUCGCACUCCUCGGAGGGCCCGGAAGCCCUCGCCCGUGAGACCCGCCAGUACCUCGUGGACUUGUUAUGAUGAAAACGAUACUAGCAUUGCGUAUAUCUUGUACGAGAGGCUGACCAAUGGCGCGGAGGACGAGUGGGAGCACGAGGAGAUCACGCUGGAGCGCGGCAACCAGGGCCUGGGCUUCAGCAUCGCCGGGGGCACCGACAAUCCUCACAUUGGGUAAGCUCACUGCAAGGCUUUCGUUCAAAUGAUGCAGGAAAGUGGUGAAACGGUGUUCAGUGUAGAUUUUGUGUGAAUUUUGUUGCACACCGAUGGCUCCACAAGUGCUCGGUCACCAAGUCCUUAGUAGGCCCUAGUGACCAAAGUCUAUAGAAGUAUAAUUAGAUAGACCUUGCUAGUGACGCGCCUGAUUUCCCCAUUCCUGU